AUGCAAAAGUACUUAGAACUCAAAAACAAAUCUGAAUACAACUCUGUUCGAAUGUUUGACGUCGGCGCUACGGCGUUCAUAGUUGACUCCAGCGUGACCUCCUCGAGCUCGAUCACAGCACUCGACCUCGUCCAAUUCGAUCACUUGAUGUUUGAUAGCGUCAACGCGACCACGUGUACUCUGUCACUCCAGCUCCAGCUCCAUCACUCCAGGAAACACCUAAAACUGACACAAAUGUCUUUUGGAGCACUUUGGAGCAUAUGGGACAUAAGGAGCAAGGAAGGACUUGGUGCAUGGACGCAGCUCAACUGGACACGCAAAGGAGAAGAAGGAAGUCAUCUUGAAGACCAGCUCGACCACCUACUCGACCAUCCGGUCGAGUUCCUCAACUCGACCGGCCAAGCUUCAACUCGAUCGAGCUGA